AUGCCUUUCGGUUUCAACAUGCUGCCUGAUUUCGCGGUCGAGCCUACCGUCAUGAGGAUUGCGUUGACCUCCAACCUGACCAACGACCGACGCGAAUUCAACAUCCACGCCGACGGUGAGCCCAUCACCAUCGGCCGUGCCUCGCGCACCCGAGGAAAGCAGCUCGAGGCCCAGAACGACAACGCCCUGUUCGACUGUCCUGUCGUUUCCCGCAUCCACGCCGAGCUCCGUGCAUCGACGAAGCAGCCUUUCGCCCAAGAGGUCACCAUCGCCGACUUGUCAUCGCUGCACGGUACCAAAGUCAACGGCCUGCCGCUCCUGCCCGACUCCCGCUUCGUUCUUAGGACGGGUGACGUGAUCAAGCUGGGAGAGCGGGUGACUAGAGGUAACGGAGUCUCCGUCACUUUUGAACGCCUUCCGCGCCAGAAUUCCAUGUCUUCCAUGGCUACCUUCGAGCCUACCACCACCAUCCGCGGCUUCCGCGCUCCCUCGCUCUCCGACGGCUCGGAUCUUGACAGCGAUCAUGCGGCAUCUUUCGUGAGCGAUGGCCAAUAUCAUCCAUCUUCCGCGAAGACCACCCCGGAACAGAACAAGAUGAAGCUCGGCACGCAAAAUGUUCCCAUCGCCGUCGACGACGACUCGCAUGGAUUCGAAGAAGACAUCGUCCACUCUCUCCGUGACUCAGAGUCCUAUGACCGCCCUGCUUUCAACUCCAACCAGCCGACGGACUUUGAUAGCUUCUCCGACGCCGGCUCAGUGCAAGACGCGCGCUACGUUGACAAUACAUAUCUCAUCGACGACGGAGGCUCCCAGGGCGCCGAAUCGGAGGACGACUCCGAUAUCGAUCACAUCGAUGAAGUAGAGUACGGUGAGGAUGAGGAGGAUGACAACUUGUCCCAAUCAGCUUCGGAUCUCAGCUCUGACGAAGCUUCCGAUGUGGAGAAUGAGCGCGAUGAGGAGGAUGCACGAUUUGGGGAGCCUGCUUACCGCGAGCUGUCCCCAGAACUCGGCACCUUUGACGAUACUACAGACGUCACCUCUACUCUGGCUGACAUUCCAGGCAUGAAGCAGUCUCGUUGGGACAUCCCAUCGUCCAAGCAGUACGAUCCUGCGCACAGCUCUCUGGCUGCUGUCAAGCAAACUUCCGAGCCGAGCCACCAGUCUGGGCGUAUCACCACUUCGUUUACUGGUCACUGGGAUGUCCAGCACCCAAUCAUCGCAAAGUUCCCCAAGUCAACGCUGCCGACGUUGGAACAGGGUGUGAUUCAACCACCCACCCUUUCACAGGCGCUGUUCCCAAUGUCAAUCGACGCCAUUGUCGACAAGACCAUCGUCGAGGGCUCGACGACUGUUGAGGAGACGAUCAACAAGGAGAUUACUGGCAUCGAGUCUUUCAGCAAGGAGAUUGCUCCCGCGACCGGCACGGAUGGUAUCACCAAGCGUAAGCGUGACGAGGUGGAUGACGCUGCCGACGUCCUCUGCCCACCAGCGAAGAAAGCUGUGCAAGCUCCACCAGCACCACCAGCCCGCCGUCGUUUGGCACCAAAGAAGCAGCGUUCCAUCAUUCGCGAGGCCGUUGUGAGCGCCACUCAGGCUGCUGCAUUCGCUGCUGUUGGCGCCGUCGGCACCGUUGCUUUCUUGAGCAGUCCAAUGGCAGAGUCGUUGAUUCAGUGGUUGGGCUAG